AUUUCUCCAACUUUCUGAUUGUCGAUAAUGAUAAUUGAUAAAGAAAGCCCCAUAUGCAUGUGAUGCUGCGUAAUUGUGGAACCACUACAUCCCAUUUUCCAGCAAUCCCUAUUUUCUGUAAAUUAUAUACCUAACCUAACCUCGGAGUUGCACCUUUUUCCCUCUAUAUUUUUGUUCAGAUCUGCCGAUGAAGCGGCCCCAUACUUCCGACGACGGCGACGGAAUCCACGGUUCGAACGAGGAGGAGAAGAAGAAGACGAAGACGAAGGUUGAGGAGAAAGAGUCCGGGCGUACGUUAGCGUCGGCGGGACCGAUGCCGACGGAAUCCGUGUUGUUGGACGAGAACUUGCUGUACGAAGUGCUGAAACACGUGGACGGGCGUACGCUAGCGUGGGCGGCGUGCGUUAGCAAGCUGUGGAAGCGGACGGCGCAGGACGAGCGGCUCUGGGAGCUGAUGUGCCUCAAGGACGGCUCGCGCCGCAAUCAGCAACAGCAGCAGCUCCGCAACGUGGUCCUCGCCCUCGGCGGCUUCCGUCGGCUCUACUCGCUUCACCUCUGGCCGCUAGUUAAACCGUCGUCGUCGUCCUCCUCCUCCUCUUCGUCUACGCCGGCGUGUACCUGGCCGUGCCUGCCGCCGCCUCCAAAGCCUUCGUCGGCCAAAUUCGCCGCGGGGAAAACACGGUGGGGAAACGACGAAAUGAAUCUCUCGCUCUCCCUCCUCUCGAUCCGGUAUUACGAGAAGAUGAAUUCCAGUAAUCGUCACAAACAAACGUGAUAAAAAUCACCAAACAUUUGGGCUUUGACUUUUAUUAUUAUUCCUUCAUAUUCAUCUAUAUCUGUAUUUGUUUUUAUUAACUCGAUUUAUAUGAUUUAGAUUAGAGAUCUGUAAUGCUUGUAUUGUAUUUUAUUGUAUGCUUUUGAUUUCCACGAAUUUAUUAAACUUACAUCUCAACUUUCAGAUGCAA